AGACAUCGUACGAGGAAAACGCCUUUGGUCGGAGUGGAUUUCUUUCCUUAAUUUUCUCGAAAUAAAAAAAAAAAGAUGUUGGCGUGCAGCAAAAUCCGGCACAUUGUCAAGCUCCGCCAAAUGCUCCGGCGGUGGCGGAGGAAGGCGGCCGCGGCCGCCACCCGCAGCCGCAGCAGCCGCGUACCGUCCGACGUGCCGGCGGGGCACGUGGCGGUGACGGUGGGGAGCAGUCGCCGGAGAUUCGUGGUGCGCGCGACGUAUCUGAACCACCCCAUCUUCGCGAAGCUUCUGUCACUGGCGGAGGAAGAGUACGGCUUCGCCGCCGCCGCCGGCCCGUUGGCCAUUCCCUGCGACGAGUCGGUUUUCGAAGAAAUCCUCCGGCACCUCGCCGCCCGGUCCGAUCCCGGCAAGAUCGCCGCCGCCCGUUUCGAGGAUUUCCAGAGAUAUUGCCACGCCGGAAUCCGAAACGGCCUAGAACUAUUCCCCGAGUCGCGGCCGCUCUUGCGCGGCGAAAACUCGACUUGCUGAGCUACUGAAUC